UGCAGCAUUUGCCGACUGCAGCUCCAGCCGCCGCCCGCAUCUCUCUGGCCUCCGCAGCCACAGCCGCCGCCAGCACCAUGGCCAGCACCAUGUCCGCCUACAAGGAGAAGAUGAAGGAGCUGUCCGUGCUGUCACUCAUCUGUUCCUGCUUCUACUCACAGCCUCACCCCAACACCAUCUACCAGUAUGGGGACAUGGAGGUGAAGCAGCUGGACAAGCGGGCCUCUGGCCAGAGCUUCGAGGUCAUCCUCAAGUCCCCUUCUGACUUGUCCCCGGAGAGUCCCAUGCUCUCCUCUCCCCCCAAGAGGAAGGAUACCUCCCUGGAGGAGCUGCAGAAGAGGCUGGAGGCAGCUGAGGAGCGAAGGAAGACGCAGGAGGCGCAGGUCCUGAAGCAGCUGGCGGAGCGGCGCGAGCACGAGCGCGAAGUGCUGCACAAGGCGCUGGAGGAGAACAACAACUUCAGCCGCCUGGCGGAGGAGAAGCUCAACUAUAAGAUGGAACUCAGCAAGGAGAUCCGCGAGGCGCACCUGGCGGCGCUGCGCGAGCGGCUGCGCGAAAAGGAGCUGCAUGCGGCUGAGGUGCGCAGGAACAAGGAGCAGCGGGAGGAGAUGUCCGGCUAAGGGGCACUGGAUCUGGCAGCGACAAGAACACAUUCGGGAUUUGGUUUUGUUUUGUUCAGUUCUGUCUAGGUGCAACUUUUGUUCCUGCUCCGAUUCCCUCCCUGGCACCCCCAGCUUCAUGCUUCUUUUCGCACUCUGAGCUGUCCGGUCUUUGUAGCGUGUCUGACAGUGGGCUCUCCCUGGAGGAGUCCCCUGGGUGCAAGAUAUGGUCCCCCAGUUCAGACACCAGGUCAGGUGUGUCUGGGUCCCUUCUUGGUGGCCCUCUUAGUGAAUGUGUUGGCAACCUUAAUAAAUCUAGUGGCAGUAGCA